UUUCAUUUUGUCUAAAUUAAAAAAAGGGAAAUACGCAAAAUCUUGUUCUGCUAUUUUCUGGGCAGAAGCAAAAAUUUUCUGGUUUGCAAAGAGAGUGAGAAGAAAAGGGAGUGAAGAUGAAUAUAUUCAGGCUAGUAGGGGAUAUGACACAUUUGGCAAGUGUUCUUGUCCUGCUCCUCAAGAUUCACACUAUCAAAUCAUGUGCAGGCGUUUCUCUGAAGACUCAGGAGCUCUAUGCUAUUGUUUUUGCUACUCGCUACUUGGAUUUAUUUACACAAUAUGUGUCUCUCUAUAACACACUUAUGAAAUUAAUAUUUUUGGUGAGCUCUUUCUCAAUCAUCUGGUAUAUGAGGCGUCACAAGAUUGUGCGCAGAUCAUACGACAAAGAUCACGACACUUUUCGCCACUAUUUUCUAAUUCUUCCAUGCUUAUUAUUAGCCCUGAUCUUGAAUGAGAAGUUUACCUUUAAAGAGGUUAUGUGGGCCUUUUCCUUGUACCUGGAAGCUGUUGCCAUCCUUCCUCAACUGGUCUUGUUGCAGAGAACAAGAAAUAUUGACAACUUGACAGGGCAAUAUGUUUUUCUUCUAGGUGCCUACCGAUCAUUCUACAUUUUGAACUGGGUUUACCGUUACUUCACUCAGCCACACUUUGUCCACUGGAUAUCUUGGGUUUCAGGGCUUGUCCAGACCUUGCUUUAUGCCGAUUUCUUUUAUUACUAUUUCCAAAGCUGGAAGAAUAAUGCAAAGCUUGAAUUGCCGGCUUGAGAUCGUCCUCUGCAUAAAAGUAUUUGAGGCUGAUAUUUUGAAGCAGCAGCAGCACUUCUCCAGACACUCUAGUAGGUACUUGGCAUGUGGUUUCGCUUAUGCCUGUCUUAAUUUGGACAAGAGAUGAGAUCCCAUUACUCAUUUAUCGUAUAUUUAGCCUGCUAUUAUGCGACUUAUUACUGUGUUGUAAUGUUGAGGGAAAUAGUUAUACAGCAAGAAUGACUAGCAGAACAUGUGGCCAACUUUUUCACUAGACAGAUAUACUUUGUCAUUUUCUUUUUUUCCCAAUUGAGAAAGAGCAAACAUAUGUUUCCUUA